ACAUCAAAUUAGAAUUAAUUCGAAUGUAAUAAGUACCUAAAAAACUUUUUAACUGAAGAAAUUUAGGAACGAGAAAUAUUUCGGUCAUAUCAUAUAUCGCCGCUCUGAUUUUCCAGUUGGGGUCGAUUGGGGUUUUCUUCAGAGAGUUUCCGGUUCAAACAGGAAAUCAUCAUCGGUUUUCUAACCUAAAUAGAAAAUUUAUUUUCGCUACACAUACAAUAGCGUUCAGCAAAACAAUUGCUGAGUUGUCGCCCUUGUCAAUACAACGAUGAUCAGUGGUUCUAAAAGUAAGAGCCUAUCACGUUUUGAUCGCUGCAAAAACGUGCGUUUCGAUAUUCACUGCCGGUGUACCGGAAAUCUAUAGCACGUGUCACGUGAAGUGUACAGAUUUUUAGUACUGCCAGUGAAUAUCGGAACACACAGUCCUAUACAGUUUGAUCUUGAACGACAAGCAGAACGCAUCUCAGAGAGACAAUAAUGGCGAGCUGAUGUUGACAAACAAGUAGAUAGGAUAUAAAAGAACAACAUGAGUCUCAAUGGCAUCUCCUUAUUAUAUGCUGCAAAGACAUUUAUUGAGCUGCCUGGUUAUAUUUACGAGGACGACGGCGAGGAUUUGAUUUUGGGUCUUACGUACAAUGCCGAACAACGCGAUGCCGAACAACGCGAUGCCAAACAACGCAAUGUUAAACAAGAUCGUAAAAAAGGAACCAAGAGAAAAUUAGCGGACGAUAUGCGGAUAGAAUCUCCGAAUGACACUGCCGCGUCUUUGACAGACGCCGAGCAAUUAAUAAAUAAAUAUCAAAGUUACAUGGCACAUAUAAUUCCACCUCUCAACGAUAUGGCGUUUAGAACUUAUUUUGGUGUGUCACUUUCCACAUUCGAAUUUAUUUUGAACGAGGUUGGCGACAAGCUCUAUCGCAGUAUCAAUGGAAAUGAAAUGAUACCCGCAGAAAAACAACUUCUUGUGUGUCUAAGACGUUAUGCAACAGCAACCCCAUAUAGCAUAUUUGUAAAUGAUUUUUAUAAGAUUGGCAAAUCCACAGCUGUUAGAUCUGUGCAUCGUGUCACAAAAGCUUUGUGCGAACUCGAGUCAAAAUAUAUAACCUGGCCUGAUAAACAUGGUAUUGAGGAUGUUAUUCAUGGUUUUUACAAUGAGAACGGUUUUCCCGAUACUGUAGGAGCCAUUGGCAGUACUUAUAUCACUGUGUCUGCGACCAGACAAUAUCCUAGGGAAUGGGUUAAUCGAAAAGGCUUUCAUUCAAUUUUUCUUCAGGCUGUUUGCGAUCACAGGAAUUAUUUUACGCAUGUUUCUGUGGGUUCAAUUGAGGCUGCACGCUCGGCAAUUGUUAAGCUUAUCAAUGAUCCGGAGAAGUUUCCGAAAAACACUCACCUAAUUGGAAACGCUUCUUACGGAUUAAGCGAGCGUAUUUUGAUCCCGUAUACUGAGAACGGAUCACGUCCCAUGACGCAACGUGAAAAGAAUUACAACGCUCAUCAUGCUUCCGGACGAGUUAUGAUUGAUACAGCGUUCUCUAUUCUUAAAGGACGAUGGAAAAGCAUCCAGAAUACACUGGCGACGAAUAACACAAAAUUUCUACCUAGUCAUAUAUUAGCGUGUUGCGUGCUACACAAUAUGUGCAUAUUGAAUGAAGAUAAAUUGGACUUGGAGGAUCAGGCUGUUGUUUUAGACGCGGAAGAAGAUUUUAUAAAAGAGAAAAAAAUUGACUGCAAAAAUCGUUCUGCCGCUGAAAUGAAGAGAAACAAAAUAUGUUCCAGUUUAGAAAUGAUUAUUUGAACAAGUAAACUUAUAUAUAUAUAUUGUCUUAUAUAUAUAUAUUUUUUUUUUUGCUUUUACAUGUAUAAAAAAAAAAUGCAACUGACUUUUCUAGUACGAUCUUUUGGAAAAUUCGAGUACCGUUUUUUUAGUUUCUUCUUGAAAUAAAAAAGCCGUUGGA